AUGGAUGAAUUUAUACGACAACUAACUCAUGAUAAUAAACAAUUUGAAAAUCAAUGGCCAGACAUAUAUGAUAAGUUGAAGAAAUUAUUGGAUGCUAAUCCAAAAACCGAUCUAGUUAUUGUCAAGGUUAAAUCAUUAGAUGCUCUUGUUGAUUAUAUUCUAGCUGAUACAGAAGAAAACAUUCAUACAAAAAUAGGAUUUCUUGAAAUAACAAUUACACAAUGUACUGAUGAUCCAAAACCAUCAUUAAAUGAAUUAGUACGAAUAUUUUGUCGUGUAUUAGAUAUAUCAAAUACAAAUAAUUUAUUUAAUUUAACAUUUCUUGAAAAAUUUUAUUAUAAAGCUCGACUUGGUGAAGAAUUAUCAAAAAAUCUAUCCGUCGAUUUAAUUGAUACAAUAUUUAAUUGUUUACAAAAACAUGAAUUUUUAGAUAAGAAUUUGAAUACUGAAACACAACAAACCUGGGAACAUUUUUUAUCACGAGGCGUUUUUUCACCAUUAUCUUGUGAUAUAAACAAAUUGAAUUAUGAAGAUACGAUGCCUAAUAUGAGAAGUAGUUUUCAACAUUUGUACAGAUGGGCAUCUCGUAAUUCGUAUCAAUCAAAAAUUUGGUCCGAGGUUUUCUUUGCUUUGGGACGUACAUUGCCAACAUUAUUCGAUAGUUAUGCUAAUUCAGAUGAUGCAGAAUCUUAUUUAACAACGUGUCUUGAACCUUCUAUAUCAUCUGAUUAUGUUUAUGAAAUUUCUAAAUCAUAUCAAGGUCAAGUUGAUUUAUUCAAAAUACAUGUAUCUCAAAUAUAUACAACUAUUGAAAAACUUGUAUCUCAAAAUAGAAUUGAUCAUGCGAGAUAUUUUAUGGAUAAUGUUCUUAUUAUUCAUUAUAAUUCAAUACCUAAUCUUGAAGAAUUACUUCAUAUGUUAAUUCAUAUUUGUUCAUUAGUUAAUAUUGAAUCUCGAAGUCUUUUAUGUAAAAAUUUAAUAUCAUCAAUAUCCUAUGAAUUAACAAUUAAAAAACCUAAUAAACAAUUAGCAGGAACUUUUUUCGAUUUCGCUCUUGCAAUACUUAGUUUACAUAUUAAAGAAGCUCCUAAGUUUGCUGAUCAUAUUUUAUCUAUAAGUGAGUUUUAUCCAUGGAAACAAUUAGAUAAACAAAUAACUCAUCUUAUACAAUCAUGUAUUAUGUAUGAUAAUAUUAUUGACGAUACAUUUCCAAGUGAACUCAAUCAUUUAGAAAAUAUUUUAAAUUUAAUUCAUGAACGAAGUAAAGUUAAUGUAACAAUAUUACCUGCAACACAUGAAUCUGCUUUACAAGCUAUUUUAAAAUGGUCAACAAUUAUUAAUAAUGAUACUGGUAAACCAUAUAGUGAACAUGUAUAUCGAAUGGGACAAAUUAUGACAAAAUUAAUUGAUCAACGACAAAUAACUGUUGAUAUAUGUAGUAAAUUUCUUGAAAUAAUUCGAAAACACAUUGAUAAUAAUGAUGCAACUUAUGAAUUUCAUCAACAUCAUGAUGACUUUUUUCAAUCUAUGGGCAAACUAUUAGCUGAAUGUAUUGUACAAUUGAAAACUUUACCAUUGACAUUACAUCAACAAAUAGCUUCAUUUUUUUUAGUAGCAUUCAAUUGUCCAUUUACUGCUGAAGAUGGAUCAAUGACAUUAUCACAUUCAAUUAGUUUAGGUUUAUGGUUUAGAAUAGGACAAUGUAUUCAAAAUGAAGAUGAUGCACGUCCUUAUGAAUCAUGUGCUGAUCGAUUAUAUCGGUUAGUAUAUGACGAAAAAGAACAACACUUACAUUCAUGGUGGCUUACUUUUUGGAGUAUUGUUAGUACAAAAUAUCCAAAUAUAGUUGUUGAUCAUAUUCCACAAUUUCUUGAUGAAAUCAUCGAUCGUAAACAAUUAACAUUAUUAGGAAUACUUCUUGCUCUAUACAACAAACAACCAGAACCAUUUCACGCUCGACUCGAUGAUCUUAUUCGUGCUCUUUUCGAUUGUAAUGGUGAAAAUUUAACACCUCUAUCGUCUCUUUUCAGUACUAUUGUUAAAGUACAUCCUGACUUAAUAACAUCAAAACAUAUUGAUUUUUUAUUUACUUCAAUUAAAAAUUAUAUGAAUUUAUUUGAUCAAACAAAUUUGAUUUUUAUAACACUUGGUUAUGUAGCCAAUGCACAACCACAUUUAUUCGAUAAAUAUCAAGACGAACUUUUACAUUUUGUUAUUGAAAAACAUAGUUUAUUUGUAUUUAAUUGUUUACAACAAUAUUUAGUUACAUCAACAAUUAUUAAAGGCGAAAAAACAGCUGAUGAAUAUCUUACUUUAUUAAUUAAUUUAAUAAAAAAUACAAAAGAUAUUCCUACUGAUUUGAAAUCACAAAUUUUUCAUACAUGUCAAUUAAUUGGAGUAAAAUAUAAAGAAAUUCUUGCAACUAAACGUAAUGAUUUAAUACCAUUUGAAUCAAAUCAAUUUUGUAAAAUUUUAAUUAAUUUUAUUGAUGAAAACAAAUUAAGUGAAGAAAAUCAAGCAGCUGUUAAUCGUACAAUUGAUGAAAUAGCACAAAUAGAAAAACGUGUUGUGCAUACAGAACAUAAUGUUCAAAAUAUAACAAAAGUAGUUAAACGUCAAGAAUUAAAUGUAAGAUUUUCAAUUUAUUCAUUUUAUAUUUUAAAUAGUAACGAGUGGCCCAGAAUAAAUGAAGGUCUCAGUAUUUCGCUAAUAUCUCUCUCAAUUUUCAUCGUACAGGGUUGGAGUUUUCUCUAA